CCCUUGCAGCCUGGCCAUUUCGUCCUCUCCUUCCUUCUCCCACAUCACUUUCUCCCAUCCUGCUUUGAUCUUUUUCUUUCUCGGCUUCCCUCUUUUUCUCUUACAACCAGCAUUUCUCCAGGAAAGCGUGUCAGUAUCGGUUGAUUUGUUGAUUCCUUGGCGCUAGAAACCGACAAGGCACCGGAAGGAUUGGGACAGGAAACCCCGUGGUGUUUGUCGCUGAAUACAUAUUCGCUCACUUGAUCAAACACAACAUGCCCUCCGCGUCACACUCCCGGCACAGGUCUCACUCCGACCCCUUCAGCGAUCCUCAUUCCUCUCCAAACCCGCCUCCCCCUCCUCCAAAACACGCAUCGUCUCCAAAGCAAUCAAGCCGCUCUCGCCCCUCCACCGCUCCUAAACACAGAGACAACAUCAUGGACGCAGUCAGAGACACAGUCACCGUCCGUACAUCCGACCACCCUUCUCGCUCUCGCCCAUCCAGGAGUCAAUCCACUGCCCCGCCGACCCACUCAAAUCCGUCCCGCCCCCUACCAGCCCCCGCACGUCGGUCCCAUUCAGACGAGUCGGUUCCCCCAGCUGCUUCAGCAGACAAGUCCAAAGCAAACGCCCGUACAAGAACCGCCAAGAAGCCAUCGGUUCACGCAGAUGUCAUUGAUAGGCUUGAUUUUUCUGGAGUCGGGCCCAUGUUCCACCACGACGGUCCCUUUGACGCCUGUGCUCCAUCUCGCAACCGAACUCGUACCAAGGCUCCAAUGUACGCCUGGACUGGCAUAAAUCCUGAAGACGAGCAGGUCGCCGCCCAGUACCGUGAUAAGCGAUCUGGGCCUGCCGCCGUUGCUUCGACCACCUACAAUUCCCCUUACCCUCAGCGCAACGCCUACAAUGCCAUCCCAACGUCUCCCUACUAUCCUGAACCACCGAAGAAAGAAGUGGAUGCUAUCGCAGAAGCAUGGGGCAUUCACGAGCCAGAGCCGUACGAAGAGUUCUUCGCUGGUGGCGGAAAUAGAGAGGGCGAGGCCCCUGCCACAUACGGGCGAAGUGCCCGACGGUCCAAGGAAACGCGUGAGAGCGAGGAACUUCGUCGGGGCAACAAGCGCUCUGCUCUUCCUCCUCCUCAGCCCAUAUUUGUCGCUGAUGGGGCGCUCCCCGAGAACGACGCUUACCCGUCGUCUCCCCCUCUUAGCGCCGUAUCACCGGGAAUCAAGCGAAAUAAAUCUCUCAUGCAACGUAUUCGCAAGAUGCGCGAUUCUCCGAAUGUCCCUGUUGGGUUUGAUGACCUGGGCACACCCGCUAGUGGCAACGGGGAACAAUCACCCACAUCGUCAAACGAAAGUGCUGGUGGCGCUCAGUACUCUCGCCCUACCCACCGCACACAGAACUCUUUGCUUGGACGGCUCGGGGGUCGCCCUGGCCGCGAGAACGUAUCGCCAAGUGCAGAAGCGUACGUGUACGUCGAGGAUCCCAAGAUGAAGGAGCUGCCUGUGACGCCGGGAAGUCCGCACCCCAACCAUGACCGAGGCUACUUCGAUGGGCAACCUGCAUCCGCUCCAGGCGCAUCUCCAGCGGGCCUAGGCCGGAAGACGAGCUUGUUGAAGAAGGUAAAGGGCGUGGUGAAGGGUGCUAAGUAAGCAGAUGGUUAGAUGGUAAACCCCAGCGUCUGCAGUUCACUCAUCUUCGAGGCGUCGAUAUCUUGUCCCUCAGAGCUUGAUUCUGCGUUGGUCAUAUGCCGGCUUGUUUGACGCCUUCUCUUGUAAUCGUGUGACUCGACUCGUAGAGUUUUCUCCGUGGUAUAUCGAGAUUCUGUCUUCUUCCUGAUUCGAGCCUAUGCAACUUUUCAUCAUCCCCUUCUAUAUCAUUUACUGUAGCUGACUUUCAUUUCUAUAUCGCCCAUCCUCUCGCCUCCAAAUUACUCCUACGCUACGUUCUGUCCCGGACGCCCCCACCGAAGUCCCUCUUUUCGUCAGCAGUUUCUUCUUGACUGUUUCGCGUGUCCUUCUCUGUUUGUGAGGUCUUUCUUGCCGACCAGGAUGUACUUAUGUAUUCAGAGUUGCUACUACUGUACGUUUGCCCUGGUCCGCGCUGAAUCGCCUGUAGUGGUUGGUUCCUAUAUCCCGGCCCAUGUCUGCACAUCACUCGAUACUAUACAUGUUAUGGAAAUCGAUUGGAGUCUUAUAAUCAUAGCUAGCGAACACUC